AUGUCUAGCGGUUUCGUCUCAGCACAGACGCCGAUGAUGGAGAUUAUUCUUCCCCUCUACCAAUUCCCGUACUCCGACUUCCAGGUGGAGGCUCCCAUGUGGGAGCAGCUGCUCGCCACCACGAUAACCGGAACCCCGAUUACGGCUAUCCUGAACCCAAUGAGCGGUCCCAACGUCGUUGACAAUGACCUAGCUCUCUACAAGACGAUCCUGAACACCUUCUUGAACCUUGGGGAUGACCGAGCCGACCCCUCAGCCGACGAGCAUGACUCGCUUACGAUGAUUUGCUACGUGUCCACAGACUAUGGCGACAGGUCGGAAGACGAGGUCAACGCCGACAUCGACCAGUAUGAAACGAACUUUCCAGGGGUCUGCGACGGCAUCUUUUUCGACGAGGCGCCCGCCGACAUCACGGACGAGGGCGGCAACCCAACGGCGACGGGAGAUCUCUACGAGAGGUACAACAACUACGUUGUGGAAAAAGAGUUUCCCGACACGGAGGACCCGGACCUUUUGCAGGACCGGUCGUGGACGGUCACUUUCAACCCAGGAGGCGGCGUUGAUCCUGCAUACUUCGCCUUCAGUGGCAACCCCACCGUGAUGAGCUACGAGAACUUCUAUCGCGUAAUGAAGAACGUGGGCAUGCCCAGGACUCCGUCGAGCGUCCUCGAUCCUUCUCAACAUGCGCUUGCCGUGCACACCACCUCGCCUGACCUAGACGGCAACACAGAGGAGACCCGCGCGCUCGUGGAGGCCAUCGUGCAGGAAGCGGCGUGUUCCGGGUGGGGCAAGAUCUACCUCACGAGCGACUCCCAGGACCCUGGGUCGGACGAUGGGGGCAACCCCUGGAACGUGUUGACGAACUACUGGGACACUCUUGUCGAGGCGGUGAAAGCGUACCCAACCCUUCCCCCGCCGAGCUGUUCGGGCCCGGAGAUGGCCCUCAUGGUGCCUGUGUGGUUGGCCGGAGAAGCCUUGGAAGACGCGGUCGACGACGUGCUGGGUGUAGUGACGAAGAGCAACUUCUUGGAGGGUGGUGUAACGGUUGUUCUGGAUGCUCGCGACGGCGACGGUACUAACCCGACUGCCACGCAGCUGCGUGAUGCUGGCGCCAGGGUCCUGUGCUACUUCGAUUUCAACAGCUACACGGAUGUUUACGACCUGAUCGGCGAGCUCACUUCAGCCGACCCGCCGGCGGCUUUUGCCACGGAGGUCUGCGGCGGCUUGUAUGUGGACAACUACUCCGAGUUCACGUUGAGCGCAGAGCAAAACAUCUACGAUCUGUACAUAACUGUUCAGAACGUGAUUCCGCGCGGCAUGCUGGUUAUCGAUUACGAAGACCCGGACGUCCAGCUGUUCGACCUGUACGCGAAAGAUUGGACCGAGGUUUCCUUCCAAGAGGGGCGGGUGGUCGUGGCUACUAGGGUCGAAGCUACGACCCCAUUCGCCGUCCCCGAUCUUAACAACGACAACGCCACUCCGCAAAACUCGGCCCUGAUCGUCACUGGCUUCACGGAAACCACCGCCGAGGCGCAAGAGGUGGAGUGCCUGCUCGCCGAGAUGAAGGAAACCUUCGGGUACGGGUUCGUCACGGGUGUCCUCGACCCCCCCGCCGAGGCAGAAACCGCCACCGUAUACUUGGACCGAUUGCACUCGGAACUUGAUGACCCCACCAUUACGGUCGAAAGUUGCGACGCCCCUGAGCCGGUGACCUCGGCUUGCGGUUCAGAUGGUGCGGCCGAGUUGACAUGGCUCAGCAGCAGCCGCAAGAUUCGCGUGAGGAAUGGGGGCUGCGCAGACAUGGCCAGGAUCUUCGCCGAACUUGUACUCGAGGGCGUCGCUGGCGAAGGCAUCACGACCGGUUCACCCCUUCGCGAGGUGGAACCCGGAGUGUGGCAGCUCGACGCCACCAUCGACGUCCAGGCCGGCUCUGUCCUGAAGAUUGUGGGGGAGGAUGGUCUCGGCGAGUGCAACGAGCUUCGCCUCCUCACCGACUCCACCGACGGCAAGAGAACCAGGGUUCUGGGAAACAGAGGGGACAUCGUCAUCCAGAACACCAAGAUCGUCGGGUGGAAGAGCGACGAAAACGCGCCUGAUACAACGGACAGCACCAAUCGCGGGUACAUCUUGUGCAGCUCCUGCCCUGGGACAUGUAUGUACCCGAUCCCCAUUCCGGCCUUUCACUUACCGUCGCUCGAUACCACCAUUUCUAAAGUCGAUACGUUCGAUUGCGCGUGA